UUCUACACGAUCCACAUCUCUUUCUAGGGUUAUAACUCCUUCCCACACUUUCUCUCUCCUCAUUCCCGCCAAAUUCUCUCAUUCUCUCUCCUCGAAGAUCUCUGCAACCAUGGCGACUCAGAUGAGCAAGAAGCGAAAGUUUGUCGCCGAUGGAGUUUUCUACGCUGAGUUGAAUGAAGUGUUCACCCGUGAACUUGCUGAAGAUGGAUACUCUGGUGUUGAGGUUAGGGUUACUCCUAUGCGCACUGAGAUCAUCAUCCGAGCUACCCGAACCCAAAACGUUCUUGGUGAAAAGGGAAGGAGGAUUAGGGAGCUGACCUCGAUUGUGCAGAAGAGGUUCAAGUUUCCUGAAAAUACUGUUGAAUUGUAUGCUGAGAAGGUUAACAAUAGGGGUCUUUGCGCUAUUGCUCAGUGUGAAUCUCUCCGUUACAAGCUUCUUGGUGGGCUUGCUGUCCGAAGGGCUUGUUAUGGUGUUUUGAGGUUUGUCAUGGAAAGUGGAGCCAAGGGUUGUGAGGUCAUUGUUAGUGGGAAAUUGAGGGCACAACGUGCUAAAUCCAUGAAAUUCAAGGAUGGUUAUAUGAUCUCCUCUGGUCAGCCCGUUAUUGAGUACAUUGACUCAGCUAUCCGACACGUCCUUCUCAGACAGGGAGUGCUCGGUAUCAAGGUCAAGAUCAUGCUUGACUGGGAUCCCAAGGGCAAAGUUGGACCCCAAAAGCCGAUUCCCGAUGUUGUUAUCAUCCACACCCCGAAAGAUGAUGAUUUAUAUGGAAGAGUUCCAGUUAUUGCACCUGAAGUUGAGCUUAUAGAUCCUGUAGCUGUUGUUCCAGUUGCUGUUCCUGUGGCUUAAUCAGAUUUAGGGUUUGGAUUAAAUAUUAGGGUGUUAAUCAGAUUCAGAUUUAGGCUUAAUCAGUUCUUGUGGCUUAAUCAUACAUGGCCAAUUUCUUUUUUGAUGUGUAAAUAGAUGGGGUGUUUGUUUAUUUAGAUUCAAUUCCCAAAAAAAAUUUGUUUGGAAACCUGUUUAUUUAAUAAUUUAGAGUUUUGUACACAAGAGGGGGAUAUAUUCCCUUCUGGAAUUGGAAAAUUUCAAUUGAUAUAUUGGGUAAGUACAUUAAUUUUUUCAUUUCAUUGA